AUGCUCGACCACAAGAUAGUCCCAUUUCACUCGCUGCUGAUAGCAUUGAGCUUGCUGGUUUCUCCAAAUCUCACGGCAGCCUUUCAAUUCCGACUUCCUCCUCCUCCUGGGGCAGUCACAUCCUCGAAUCUCCAACAGGACCACACACUUCACAACACUGCCCUGUACGCAGCUUCUUCAAGACAAAAAAGAGUCUCAAGUCUUCAAGAAUGGGGAAAGUCUAAUGAUAUUCAGACUAGAGGGGUUGCUAUUGAAUCAAUACCGGGGUCUGGAUUGGGCCUUCAGUCCACACAAGAAAUCACAGCCGGCAGUUUGGUGGUCACCGUGCCCUCGUCCGCAACACUUUCCGUCACGAGCGGAUCUUUGGGAGGACCAGAUGACUUUACUGUGGAAUCCAUGUUCAAUGAUCGCAAGUCCUUUCGUGUACUGCCGUGGUAUGCCCAAUUCUCUCUCUAUCUCCACAAACUCAACACGAUAUCCUCGGUCAAGGCAGAUGACACGGAUCUCAAGCCGUGGCUCGAUUCCCUACCUACCACCUUUGAUACUCCCAUUCGAUGGGACAAGAAGCAACGGGACGAAUGGCUUCAGUAUCAACACAUGUCAGAAUCUGUAGAUCGUCAACAAGAAGCAUGGACUGACUUUUACCAAAAGGUCAACGCCGCACUAGAUGGUACCAUUAGUUGGGAUGACUUUUUGUUGGGAUGUGAGAUUGCUCGUUCCCGAGCCUUUAGUGGCGGAUACACUGGUACUAUCUUCAAUCCUUUGAUCUAUGCCUUUACAUUGGUUCUCGUCACGGUAUAUGCAGGUUUGGGCCUAGGAACUCUGGAACAAGCUGCCAAUGGUGCUGCUCUAGUCUUUUGUGCUUCUGUCUUGAGAGACUUUGUGAUCCCCAAACUCUUCAAGACCAAGAAAUAUGUCAUUUGCCCAAUCAUUGACAUGGCCAAUCACAAAUCGGCUGGUGCCACGGCCAAUGUGGCGUACGAAUUCUUUUCGGAUGCCUACAGUCUGAGUGCGACUCCUGCCAUUUCUACUGGCAACGAAAUCUUCAUUUCCUAUGGCGAACGCAGCAACGAUCAACUUUUGCAGUAUUAUGGAUUUGUCGAGCCCAAUAAUCCGAAUGAUAUCUAUGUCAUGCCCCCCAUUCGGGAAUGGGACAUUGGGGCCUUGGAAGAAUCCCUUGGAACCCCCUUUGCCCCAGGGCGAUUGGGCAAGUUGGAACGAGCUGGUCUGUUGGGUAAGACGGCGUUGGAGGUACAAGCAGAUAAGAUUAGUGAAGACAGCAGCCGCGAAACUACUAGCGACGAUACGGAAGAUGCUAACGGCAAUCCCCGUGGUGGAGUAGUCUUGACACGAGCUGCUGGAAUUGAUUUGGCCGUUCUCCAAGCACUUCGAGCAUUGGUAUCGACCGAGGCCGAAUGGCAAGAAUCCGGUGAAGCCGUGGGUAACUUUGCCGCCAUGGUGAGUACGGAAAAUGAAGAGAGGGCUCGACUUGUGGCGAGGACCGCCUUGGAAAUGGAACUCCAAGCUAAGCCUACGACCUUGGAAGAAGACGAGGAAUUGCUCAAGCGUUCCUCGAGUAGUAGUAGCAGCAUUAUGGAGGACGAGGAAAGACUCGCGGUCUCAUUUCGAAUCGAAAAGAAAAAGAUUCUCAAGGACUCAAUUGCAAGGUUAAAGUAG